AUGUUUAAUCACAUAAUAAGAAAAACGAAUACUGCUUGUAGAUUAACAGCAACAGGAGUACAUUCAAGAUGUUUAACUACAACAACAAUCAAACCAUAUAAACCAACAUAUUACAACUCAACUAUUGGUAAUAGUAAUAAUACAUUUAACAUUAUAUCUCCUUCUAUAUCAUCUAUAUCUAAAUCAUUUUAUUCAACAAAUAAUAGUAGUAGUACAACAACAACAACUUCAACAUUGGAUAAUAUUAACAAUAAGGUUGGGGGAUUUGGAUUUAAUGGGUUGAUUGAUAAAGCAUUAAAUGAUAUGGGUAUUGUAGAACCAACUGCUAUUCAAAAAAAGGCAAUGCAACCAUUACUAAGAGGUAAUGAUAUGUUUGUGAUGGAUGGUACUGGUACUGGUAAAUCAUUUGUAUUGAUGUGUGGUAUUGUCAAUGAUUAUCUAGUCAAUUGUAAACAACAUGCCGAUAGCAAUGAAGAGGUUUCAAUCAAACAGAAUAUGAAGGCUAAAGGUUCAUUUGCACCUAAAUACCUAGUUGUCACACCUACAAGAGAAUUGGCGUGGCAGAUUGGAGAUUGGGUACGCCAACUAUCCAAACGUGUUGGUAUAGAGUUGCUUGGUAAUGGUAGUGGUGUGCAAUUGGCUAUUAAAGGUAUAUCGGAUAAUUUGUUGGCUCAAGAAUUGGUCAGCACACAACCAGAAGUGUUGAUUGGUACACCCAACGUACUCCAUUGGUUGUUGGUUACUGGUAAACUCGACUAUACACAGUUUCGUAUGCUUAUUGUCGAUGAGGCAGAUCUCGUCGUUCAAGCACUCGCCAAAUACACAUCACAAGCCGAAAAGAUGAAUAGAAAGAUUCAUCCUCCCGAAGGUGUCCUAUUCCUAAAUGAAUUAAAUAGAAAGAUUCGUCAAUCUCAAGAUUUAAACGUAAACGUAAAUCCAACAAACAAGACAGCUGCAGAGGAAUCAUUUGCAGAAAAGAAAAGACAAGUUGGAGAAAUAUUUGAUGAAAGAUCAUUAAAGAAUUUGGUGAAUAGUGCAGCUUCAAGAGUACUUGGUAAAGAGAAACAAAAACAACAACAACAACAACAAAAGAAAAAGGGUGGAGGAGAAGAGGAGAAAAUGGAUUAUGUACCAACAUAUAGACACUUUCAAACUAUAUUUACAUCGGCUACUUUGAAUAUGCGUAAUCGUGCUUAUAUCGAAUCAAAGGGAUGGGUUGAUGAAACAAGAGUUUAUGUCAUGUUGCGUGAACAAGGGUCUAUGGAUCACCCACUCCCCAAACAAUUCACCAAUCGUUUCAUAUCGGUGCAAUCAGAGGAAGACAUGUUGGAAGCGAUUGCACAGACUUGGAACGACCUCAUUCUACCCGAGCAAAAGCCAGACACUCUGACAGAGGCUGUUGCAGUGAUUGCAUCGGAUGGUAGUAUCACCAAGGUGGUCGACGAGCUACGUGCACGUGGUAUCAAUGCCAAACCACUCACCGAUCGUAUGAACUUUGACAAAUUCAACAUUGAAAAUAUGGAACCUGCUCAACACGAUGUGUUUGUCAGACAGGUGGACAAAGAGAACCGCGACAAACAAAGUAAAGUCAAUCAAGACGUUAGCAAAAGAAAAAAUAGACAAGAACAACGUGAAAAAGAAUUAAUUCAACACCAAUUAUCACAAAUGCAAGAUAUCGAUGAAACAACUAAACAACAAAUAUUUAAUCAAUCUCAACAACAACCAAAAGGAGGAUCAGCAGGAAAGAAUAAGAAAAGAUUGAGUAAAGAAUCAGCAAUCAUUUAUAUUGGAAAGGAAAAUUCAAUUAGAGGUAUUGAUAUUAGUGGUGUAGAACAUGUUUAUAUUUUAAAUGUUGAAAUAUCACCAACUAGUUAUUUACAUAUGGCAGGUCGUUCAGGAAGAAUGAAUCGUAGUGGCAAUACUAUUUGUAUCUACAAUUCCCUAUUAUCACGUAAAUAUGAAAAUGUAAUGAAAUUCUUUUCUGCUCCAUUUGAAGAAGUUGAAUUUACAAUUCAAGAUGAAUAA